AUGUCUGCUGCUACUGAAGCUAAAGGUAUGGUUCUCGAGAACACUGCUCGUAGAGAUGCCUUAAUUGCCAUUGAAAAAAAAUACCAAAAACUUUGGGCUGAAGAACACCAAUUUGAGAUCGAUGCCCCAAGUAUUGAUGAUGAACCAGUCACUAUCGAUUCUGAAGAGUUGCAAAAGAAAUAUCCAAAAUUCAUGUCUACUAUGGCUUACCCAUAUAUGAAUGGUGUUUUACACGCUGGUCAUUGUUUUACUUUAUCCAAAGUCGAGUUUUCUAUCGGUUUUGAAAGAAUGAAUGGUAAGAGAGCUUUAUUCCCAUUAGGGUUCCAUUGUACUGGUAUGCCAAUUUUAGCUUGUGCUGAUAAAUUGAAAAGAGAAGCUGAAUUAUUCGGUACUGAUUUCUUAAAUGUCCCAGUUGAAGAUGAAGAUGAGGAACAAGCUGCUGCCGCUAAGGCUUCAGAAGAAGCUGCUAAACAAGGUAGUGAAGAUGUCACCAAAUUUAAGGCUAAGAAGUCUAAGGCUCAAGCUAAGAAAGGCCGUGGGAAAUAUCAAUUUGAAAUUAUGAUGCAAUUAGGUAUCAAGAGAGAAGAUGUCAUCAAAUUUGCUGAUGCUCAAUAUUGGUUAACUUAUUUCCCACCUUUAUGUCAAGAAGAUUGUUCUGCAAUUGGUUCCCGUAUCGAUUGGAGACGUUCAUUUAUUACUACUGAUGCUAAUCCAUACUAUGAUUCCUUUGUUAGAUGGCAAAUGAAUAAAUUAAAGAAAGCCGGUAAAAUUAAAUUUGGUGAACGUCAUACUAUAUAUUCAGAAAAGGAUGGUCAGCCAUGUAUGGAUCACGAUAGACAAUCUGGUGAAGGUGUUGGUCCACAAGAAUAUGUAGGUAUUAAGAUUUUAGCUACUGAACUUGCUCCAGAAGCUGAAAAGAUCAUCUCUGCUUGUUCUGACUUGGACAAAUCUAAAAAAUUAUAUUUCAUUGCUGCCAGUUUAAGACCAGAAACUAUGUACGGUCAAACUUGUUGUUUUGUAUCUCCAAAAAUUGAAUACGGUAUCUUUGAUGCUGGUGACAGUUAUUACAUUACUACCGAACGUGCUUUUAAAAACAUGUCAUAUCAAAAGAUAAGUCCAAAGAGAGGUUAUUACAAACCUGUUUUAACUGUUAAUGGUAAAGCUUUCAUCGGUACUAAGAUUGAAGCGCCAUUAUCUGCCUUUAAAACUACUAGAAUUUUGCCAAUGGAAUCUGUUAUUGCCACAAAGGGUACUGGUGUUGUCACUUGUGUUCCAUCUAAUUCUCCAGAUGAUUACAUGACCACCAAGGAUUUAUUGAAUAAACCAGAAUUUUAUGGUAUUGAUAAAUCUUGGGUUAUCGAAGACAUCUUACCAAUUAUUCACACUGAAAAGUAUGGUGAUUUAACUGCUGAAGCUGUCUGUAAAGAAUUAAAGAUUCAAUCUCCGAGAGAUAAGAGUGCUUUACUUGAAGCCAAGAAAUUAGGUUACAAGGAAGAUUUCUACAACGGUACUAUGAUUUACGGUAAAUACAAGGGUAAGACUGUCGAAGAAGCCAAGAACUUGACUAAAGCUGAUAUGUUAUCUGCCAAUCAAUUAUUUAUCUAUAAUGAACCUGAAUCUCCAGUUAUUUCACGUUCUGGUGAUGACUGUAUUGUUUCCUUAGAAGAUCAAUGGUAUAUUGAUUAUGGUGAAAAAGCUUGGAGAGCUCAAGCUGAAGAAUGUCUAACUGGUAUUCAAACUUUUGCCCCAGAAGUUAAAAACGCUUUUGAAGGUGUCUUAGAUUGGUUGAAAAACUGGGCUGUCUCUAGAACAUACGGUUUGGGUACUCGUUUACCUUGGGAUGAAAAAUAUUUGGUAGAAUCUUUAUCUGAUUCCACUAUUUAUCAUUCUUUCUUCACUAUUUCUCAUUUAUUAUUUAAAGAUUAUGCUGGUAAAGAACUUGGUCCAUUAGGUAUCAAGCCAGAACAAAUGACUGAUGAUGUUUAUGAUUAUAUUUUCCAACAUACUGAAGAAAUUAAAUCAGACAUUCCGUUAAGAAAUUUACAAAUUUUAAGAAGAGAAUUCGAAUAUUUCUAUCCAUUAGAUGUUUCUAUUUCUGGUAAGGAUUUAAUUCCAAACCAUUUAACUUUCUUCAUUUAUAUCCAUGUUGCUUUAUUCCCAAAGAAAUUCUGGCCAAAGGGUAUUAGAGCUAAUGGUCAUUUAAUGUUGAAUAAUGCAAAGAUGUCUAAAUCUACUGGUAACUUUAUGACUUUGGCACAAAUCGUUGAAAAAUAUGGUGCUGAUGCUUCUCGUAUUGCUUUAGCCGAUGCUGGUGAUACUAUUGAAGAUGCAAACUUCGAUGAAUCCAAUGCUAAUGCUGCCAUUUUAAGAUUGUUUAACUUAAAGGAAUGGGCUGAAGAAAUGGUCAAGAAUUCUUCUGAAUUAAGAACUGGUCCAAUGGAUAACUUCUUUGAUGUUGCUUAUGAAAAUGAAAUGAAUCAACUAAUUGAAUUAAGUUACAAAUAUUACGGUUUGACUCAUUACAAGACUGCUUUGAAAUACGGUUUAUUUGACUUCCAAACUGCUAGAGACUAUUACCGUGAAUCUUGUGGUGUUAUGCAUAAGGAUUUGGUUUUCCGUUACAUUGAAGCUCAAACUUUAUUAUUAGCUCCAAUUGCCCCACAUUUUGCUGAUUAUAUUUACCGUGAAUUAUUGGGUAAGAAAACUUCUGUUCAAAACGCUAAAUUCCCACGUGCCAAUAAACCAGUUGAUAAGAAUGUUAUUGAUGCUGUGGAAUAUGUAAGAAAUGUCCAAAGAGCUAUUAGAGAAGCUGAAGGUCAAGCUUUAAAGAAAAAGAAGGGUAAGACUUCUGAUGUUGAUCAAUCAAAACCAGUUAAAUUAACUUUAUUAGUUGCUGAAUCUUUCCCAGAAUGGCAAGAAGGUUGUUUGGAAGUUGUUCGUGAAAUGUUUGCCAACCAAACUUUAGAUGACAACAAGAAGAUUAAGGAAAAAAUCAAUCCAAAGGAAAUGAAGCGUGCUAUGCCAUUUAUUUCUUUGUUGAAACAACGUUUAACUACCCAAUCACCAGAAGAAGUCUUUGAUAGAGAAUUAAGCUUCAAUGAAAUUGAUACUAUUAAAGCUACUAAGGAAAACUUAAGAAAAGCUGCACAAUUAUUAAAGAUUGAAGAAUUUAAAGUUUUAUCUUUCCCACAUGGUUCAAAGAAUGGUAAGGAUAUAUUUACUGGUGAAGAAGAACCUUUACCAAAUACCGCUAAAAUUUUGGAAAAUGCUAUUCCAGGUGCCCCUGGUGUUGUUGUUCAAAACAUUUAA